CACUGAGCUACCUUUUCGCAUGCUGCCGACUGCACGCUACACGCAUUUCGAAUAAUUCCUGCGAGCACAAUGAGCCAAGCUAAGGAACUGCUGCAGUUCCAUGAACUGGAGCUAGACCAACGCAUACUAAAGGCUAUUGCGCAGUUGGGUUGGGUGCAACCGACAUUGAUCCAGUCGACAGCCAUUCCACUGCUGCUAGAGGGAAAGGAUGUGGUGGUGCGUGCUCGUACUGGCUCCGGCAAAACGGCCACCUAUGCCCUGCCGCUCAUCCAGAAGAUUCUCAACUCCAAGCUGAAUUCCAGCGAACAGUGUGUCAGCGCCUUGGUUCUCUGUCCCACCAAGGAGCUGUGCCGGCAAUCUCGCCAGGUGAUCGAACAACUGUCCGACUCAUGUGGCAAGGUGGUGCGUGUAACAGACAUUUCAGGCAGCUCCAAUGACGCGGCUACUCAACGCCAUGCCCUCGCCGAGCGUCCAGAUAUUGUGGUUUCAACGCCCGCAAAGAUAUUGGCCCAUGCAGACAUAGUCGACCUAAAGCACAUCGAAACCUUGGUCGUGGAUGAGGCAGAUCUAAUCUUUGCCUUUGGCUAUGAGAAGGACUUCAAAAAGCUAAUCAAACUCUUGCCACCCAUUUAUCAAGCGGUUCUCGUCUCGGCAACCAUUUCCGACGAUGUCGCACGCAUGAAAGGUCUUUGCCUCCACAAUGCGGUCACGUUGAAACUUGAGGAGCCCGAUUUGGUGUCCCUCGAUCAGCUCAGCCAUCACCGCAUCCUAGCCGAGGAGAACGAGAAGCCAGCCAUAUUGUAUGCUCUGUUGAAGCUAACGCUCAUCCAGGGCAAGAGCAUAAUUUUUGUGAACAAUGUGGAUCGCUGCUAUAAGGUACGUUUGUUUCUGGAACAGUUUGGCAUACGCUCGUGCGUUCUCAAUUCAGAGCUGCCCGCCAAUAUACGCAUACAUACCAUAAAUCAGUUUAAUCGUGGUGUCUACGACAUUAUAAUUGCCUCCGAUGAGCAUCUGCUGGAGAAGCCGGCGGGCAAAACGAAAAACAAAGGCGGACAACAGAAAAACGAUCAUGAGUCGAGCGCAUCGCGAGGCAUCGACUUUCAGGGUGUCAAUAAUGUCAUCAACUUUGACUUUCCACGCGACGUUACCUCCUACAUACAUCGGGCUGGUCGCACAGCGCGUGGCAACAACAAAGGCUCCGUUCUGUCCUUUGUCAGCAUCAAGGAGGCGCCCAUCAAUCAGGCAGUGGAGGAGAAGCUGCGCAUAUCUCUCGGCAAGCAGCCGCAUCUGACAGUCGAUGCACUAUCGGAUCAGCCACAGAAGCCAGCAGAGGAUAUCAUCAAGCCUUAUCAAUUCAAGUUGGAGGAAGUGGAGGCGUUCCGUUAUCGCGCCAAUGAUUGCUGGCGUGCUGCCACACGCGUUGCUGUCCACGACACGCGCAUUAAGGAGAUCAAAACUGAGAUACUAAACUGUGAGAAGCUCAAGGGUUUCUUCGAGGAGAACAAACGCGAUCUCAUGGCGCUGCGCCAUGACAAACCUUCGCGCACCCUCAAAAUACAAUCGCAUCUCUCCCAUGUGCCCGAAUACAUACUGCCCAGCGCGCUGAAACGCGUUGUUCUGAAUCAGAGCACAGCACAACCAGCGCCUAAGCAGGCGCGCUUAACAGGUGCCAAGGCUGCCUACCAGCGACAGAGCAACGAUCCUCUGAUGGUCAGCGAGGUGGACUAUGGCAAGCGACGCAAUGUGCCGAAGCGAAAGAAAGCGUUUUAAUAUAGAUUAGUCUGUUUUGUUUUUAGCCCUAAAAAUACCUCUGUGUAGUGCAUAAG